CGGCAGUAAGCACAGAAUUCAUAAAGAACACCACAGCAAUGUAGAUUUAUUCAUAAUUAUAAGCUGAAUUACUGCUGUAGUGCUGUUUGGUGAUCUGGCACAACAGGACAGGAGAUGAAAUAUGACUAAUAUUCUCCAUGGCAGAAAAACAACAACACUACAGCCUUACAGAUCUCUUAGAUCAAGUGGAAAAGGCCCACAAAGCUGAAAUUCAGCUUUACACUUCAGGUCACCUAAACCACAACAAACUUUUCAGGCCUCGAGGAUUGAUAAAACAUAACUACUGGGGAAGUGCCCAAAAACCUGCCCUACUCCUCAGAAGACCUCAGUUCACUGCACCCACCCAGGCAUCCCAGAAGACAAAGCAUUCUUUGACCAGUAAAAAUGACACACCAACACCCACUCGUGUCCGAUCAGCUUCGCAUUUGUGUUGGCAACCUUGGACCUCCAGGGCCACCUCUGUGGCUCUGGCCAGUGUUCCAGUCAGUGGUGCAGCUUUAACAGUACAAAGAAAGGAGAUUCCUGAGGAAGAAGAGGAGGGAGAAGGCUUGUUUAGAAGGAAACUUAUAAAGGAUGAGCUGGAUGUUCCAGAGAUGAAAAUUUUGAAACACAAACCAAUCAAGAACAGUCGGCUUUGUGUACUGAAGGAGACUAAUGACGAAUACCAGUUCCUUCCUUCCUACUUGGCUGGUGUGACCAAAACAGACCAGUAUCACAAAUUCAUGCAAUUUGAGAAAGAUAUUAUAGGCAAACAGGAUUUGCUGGAGAAUGACUGUGUCGGAAGCAAAUCAGCAGAGCAGCAUGAGAGGAAAUUGGCUCAGGCACUCCGGGAUAUCUGUGACUGCAAUCGUCCACAUUUUUACCGGCUACAAGCUGUUGGUGACGUGUUUGAAGAUAUUUGCAGCAGCUCUUGGAUAUUUGGUGAUAUAUUGAAAGAAGUGAAAAAUGAAUAUGAACUCUACAUGGUGAUCCUGUUGGAUGCUUUGCCUACCAUGCAGUACAGAACCUUGCAGAAUGAAGUAAAAGGCAUGGAAAAGAGGGCAGUGAUGACUCAUGAAAUAGAAGAGCAUAGGCAUGAUGUACAGGUUCUUGUGCAGAAAUCCAAAUCAGCCUUAGCAAGGAAUGAAGAACUCAGACACGAGUUAGAAAUUGAAUUGUGGGUGAGCCAGUCUGUUUCCAAAACGGCAGAAAAGGACCAGGCAGAGUCAGACAAAGCAGCAAGUCUUUUUCUUUCCACUGCUGAGCAGCUGACAUCCCUGAGGUGUCAAAUUAUUGUGAAAUGGGAGGAGAUUCAAGCAAUGGAGAAAGAAAUCAAGGAUACCAUGACUUUUGCUGGCAUUGUAAGCAUCAGAGAGAAGACUGUAAAAGAAUUAGAGGGUGAAGCAUCAAAACUCCAGGGGUCUAACAAAUUUCUAAGAAAACAAAUAAGAGAUGUCGAACAGACCAUCACAGCUACAUUAAAGAGGCAAAAGUUCAGCACAGACUCUCAGCGGUUUUUGUGGGACUUGGUGAGAGACUUCUUGGCACCAGUUGGAAAAGAUGGCCUCUUUGAACUGGAUCAAUCACCUUCUGACUUGUCUUUAUUAAACCUUUAAUAUUUGCAUUUCUAAGAAAAGACCACCACUAUGGAAAAAAGAAUGAUGUGAGAUCUUAAAACUUCUGUGUUACAUUUUACUUACAGGGAAGAGCUGAAAGAUAUUUCAGAGUUGGGUUUUGGGGUUUGGGUUUUUGUUUUGUAUUUUGUUUUUUGACACAUCCAUGUAUAUAUAUCGAGAAUCAACAGAAUUAUGUUUUUAUUUACCAUUGGCAUAAGGAUAAUGAUUGCUAGUUUUACUUCUGACAGAGGACUGCCACCAUAUUUGAAAUGUAUUUUUGCGAAUAUGGUCUCUGCGGUGUCAUAAAUAACUGAAUGUUCAGUUAUUUCUCUUUGGGAAGUAAAACUAUUGGCAGACUGAAAAUACUGCUGGUAGCAAAAUAUGAAGCAUUUUCUACUUCAAAGGUUAUUAUAACCACAGGAAUUUUCAGAACUGUAGAAAUAAAAGAAAAACAAUGUUUGAUUGGUAUGGAUCAUUUUUUGAAAAAAAAAAAGGACAAAUGGGAUUUGGACUUAUUCCUUAGGAUACGAUUAAAUGUCAAACAUAAUUUUUAUUGACCUAUUCAUUGACUGUGUAAGCAAGAUGUUACAUUAGUCUAUCUUCUUGUAAUAUCUAUUCCCAGUUUUCCAUUGAAUGAGAUUUGUGUGUGCUUGUGCAGCUGUCCUUUUGAUGGUUCCACUGUUUUGUUUACCCAGUGGCUGUAUGUGGAUAAUGAAAUUAUAAGAAUUAAUUACUUUUC